AGGUGGCCGCAGACAUCGCGGCGUCGGGCUCGUACCGGCUGCGGGAGCCCGAGCUGGCCUUCGGAGCCAAGCAGGCCUGGCGGAACGCGGCGCGCUGCGUCGGCCGCAUCCAGUGGAACAAGCUGCAGGUGUUUGAUGCCCGGGACUGCGCGGGGCUGGGGGAGAUGUUCAGCCUCCUCUGCUCGCACAUCCAGUUCGCCACCAACCGCGGCAACAUCCGGUCGGCCAUCACCAUCUUCCCCCCGCGGGCUCCGGGGCGCGGCGAUUUCCGCAUCUGGAACCCGCAGCUGAUCCGCUACGCGGGCUAUCGGCAGCCCGACGGCUCCGUGCGGGGCGACCCUGCCAAUGUGGACAUCACCGAGGUGGGUCUCCAACACGGCUGGACCCCCGGGGGGGGCCGCUUCGACGUGCUGCCGCUGCUGCUGCAGAGCCCCGACGAGUCCCCCGAGCUCUUCCCGCUGCCCCCGGAGCUGGUGCUCGAGGUGCCGCUGCACCACCCCACGCUGGAGUGGUUCUCGGAGCUGGGGCUGCGCUGGCACGCCCUGCCGGCCGUGGCCAACCUGCUGCUGGAGAUCGGGGGGCUCGAGUUCCCCGCGGCGCCCUUCAACGGCUGGUACAUGGGCACCGAGAUCGGCUCCCGCAACCUCUGCGACCGCCACCGCUACGACGUGCUGCCCGAGGUGGCCCGGCGCAUGGGGCUGGACACGGGCAGCAGCUCGUCCCUCUGGAAGGACCGGGCGGCUGUGGAGGUGAACGUGGCCGUGCUGCACAGCUUCCAGGUGGCCCAGGUGACCAUCGUGGACCACCACGCGGCCACCGAGUCCUUCAUGAAGCACCUGGCGGCCGAGGGGCGGGCGCGGGGCGGGUGUCCCGCGGACUGGGCCUGGAUCGUGCCCCCGCUCUCGGGCAGUCUCACACCGGUGUUCCACCAGGAGAUGGUCAACUACCACCUGAGCCCCACCUUCCGCUACCAGCCCGACGCCUGGAAGGUUUACGUGUCCAAAGGCACCACUGUCACCCGGAGGAAGACCUUCAAGGAAGUGGCCAACGCUGUUAAGAUCUCGGCCAAGCUCAUGGGACACGUGAUGGCGCGGCGGGUCAAGGCCACCAUCCUCUACGGCACGGAGACCGGGAAAUCACGGACCUACGCCUGGAACCUGUGCCAGCUCUUCCGCCGCGCCUUCGACCCCAAGGUGCUGUGCAUGGAUGAGUAUGACGUGGUGGCCCUGGAGCAUGAGACCCUGGUCUUGGUGGUCACCAGCACAUUUGGGAAUGGGGACCCUCCAGAAUGUGCUGAGAGCUUCUCCAAGGCCCUGAUGGAGAUGACAUCGCCCUACACUGGCACCUCCCAGGCGGAGCCGCCCAUGAGCUACAAGCUGCGGUUCAACAGCGUCUCCCAGUCCGACCAGCUCGUGUCCUCCUGGAAGAAGAAGCGGCGGCAGCUGAGCAACACAGACAGUGCGGGAACCUUGGGAGCCCUGCGGUUCGCGGUGUUCGGGCUGGGGUCCCGGGCGUACCCCCACUUCUGCGCCUUCGCGCGGGCCGUGGACACGCGGCUGGAGGAGCUGGGCGGGGAGCGGGUGCUGCCCCUGGGCGAGGGCGACGAGCUGUGCGCCCAGGAGGAGUCGUUCCGCACCUGGGCACGCCAGGUGUUCCAGGCUGCCUGCGAGACAUUCUGCGUGGGGGACGGGGCGGGGGGCGCCGAGGAGCUGUUCGCCCCGCCGCAGGGCUGGAAGCGCCAGAGGCACCGGCUGGUGCCGCAGCCCCAGGCCACCGAGACUCUGGCCGGUACCGACUCCUCCGGGACCCCCAAACCCUCCCCUCCGUGUCCCCUCAUCGCCAUCCAGUCCCUCCAGUCCCGCUGUUUGGGGCAGAGGAAGAGAGAGGAAGAGGCUGGGGAAAGGAACGGGAAGGGACUGAGGAAGAGGAAGACAAAGGGGUUAGGACUUGGGGCGGCGGGAGGGGAAGGAAGAAGAGGGGAGGAAGAAGGACAGGAGGAAGGGCCCGGGGAAGGAAACGGGACAGAGCUGAGCGCCACAAUCCCCCCAUCCGCAGGCGGGUCCAGCCCCGGGCCCCGCUGGGUGCUGCAGUCCCGGCUGCCCCCCUGCACCCUGGCCCAGGCUCUCACCUUCUACCUGGACGUGGCGGCGCCGCCGAGCCCGCAGUUCCUGCAGCUCCUGGGCUCGCUGGCCCGGGACCCCGCCGAGCGGGAGCGGCUCCAGCGCCUGGCGCAGGACGCGCGGCUGUACGAGGAGUGGAAGUGGUUCCGGUGCCCGACGCUGCCGGAGGUGCUGGCCGAGUUCCCGUCCGUGGCUCUGCCGGCCGCGCUGCUGCUCUCCCAGCUCCCGCUGCUCCAGCCCCGCUACUACUCCAUCAGCUCCGCGCCCGCCGCCCACCCGGGCGAGAUCCACCUCACCGUGGCCGUCGUCACCUACCACAGCGAGAACGGGCAGGGUCCCCUCCACUACGGCGUCUGCUCCUCGUGGCUGGCGCGGCUGCAGCCGGGGGACACAGUGCCAGCCUUCAUCCGGGGGGCCCCCUCGUUCCGGCUGCCGCCCGCCCCCGACACGCCCUGCAUCCUCGUGGGCCCCGGCACCGGCGUGGCGCCCUUCCGCAGCUUCUGGCAGCACCGGCUGCAGCUGCUGCGCGCCGGAGGCGGCCCGCUGGGCCCCAUGGUGCUGGUGUUCGGCUGCCGCUCCUCCGCCCUGGACCACAUCUACCGCGAGGAGAUGGAGCAGGCGCGGCAGCAGGGCGCCCUCAGCCAGGUGCUCACCGCCUUCUCCCGCGAGCCCGGCAGCCCCAAGACGUACGUGCAGGACGUGCUGCGGGCACAGCUGGCAGCCGAGGUGCACCAGGUGCUCUGCCAGCGCGGGGGCCACAUGUACGUGUGCGGGGACGUCACCAUGGCCACCGAGGUGCUGCAGACCGUGCAGCACAUCCUGGCCCAGGAGGGCGACAUGACGCUGGGCCAGGCGGGGGACGUCAUCAGCGAGCUGAGGGACAAGAACCGCUACCACGAGGACAUCUUCGGGCUGACGUUCCGCACGCAGGAGGUGGCCCUGCGCAUCCGCAGCCAGUCCUUCUCCCUGCAGGAGCGGCGCCCCCCGGGCCCCGCCCGCUGAGCGGGGACACGGCGACAGCGGGGACAGGGGCUCCCCGUGGCUGUGCCCCCCGUCCCGCCACCCCCCAGUAAAGGUUUAGUUUUGAUA